AAAGAUACUGCUGGCCAAUGAAAGUGUAGAAGACUCUUCAGCUAUGGACGAUAGGAAGUCUGUGGUUACUAAUAACACUGAAGACAAUGGUGAAUUAAGAAAUCUUAAUCCAGAAACUGUAGGAGCCGAAAUGCAAGGCGAAUUAGACAAUGGAAUGGUCCACAAAGUCGCAGAAUCAACGGUUCCAAUGAAGGAGAGUGUAGAAGAUGCUACUGCUAAGGGAGACGGGAGUUCUGUAAUUCUUAAUAAGAAUACCGAGGAAGUCACGGAACAAAAGCCAACCAAGGAAAAUGAUGAAGAUGUAGAAGACAAAGAUCAAGAUGAUUCUGUUGCUGUUACAAAGAUUGCCGAAGAAGACAGUGUUGAAAAUAGCUCAGUGUGUUUGCAGAUGGAAUAUGAUUCCACAUCGGCGAGUUCUCAACAGAAAAUGCAAAGCAAACUGGAUGACAGCGAAGUUAACAAAGUCACAGAACAAUUAGCAACCCGUGAAAGAAAAGAUAACGCUUCAGCUAUGAAAGUUAAAGAUUCUGUUCUUCUUAAUGAGAGUAUCAUGGAAGAUGACGACAAAAAUAUCUCUCUCUAUCCAGAGUCAGAAGAUGAUAACAAAUUAGCAAAUUCAGAUGAGGAAAUUCAAAGCAUACCGGCCAGCAAAGGACAGCUGCCAACCAAAGAAAAAGAUGAUGUAGAAGACAGAAAUCAAGAGGAUUCUAUUGCUGUUACAAAGAUUGUCAAAAAAGACACUGUUAAAAAAAACUCAGAAAGUUUGAAAACAGAAGAUGAAGCCAAAUCAGUGAUUUCUCAUCAGGAAAUUCAAAAGAAAUUCGAUGGCGGUAAAUGUAACAAAGAAUACUUUAUUCCAGUCACAGAACAAAUAGCAACCGAUGAGAGAAAAGAGAAAGCUUCAGCUAUGGAAGUUGGAAAUUCUGAACAUCUUAAUGAGGACAUUAAGAAAGAUGAUGUCAGAAAUAUGUUUCUCUGUCCAGAGUCAGAAAGUGUUGACAAAUUAGCAAAUUCUGAUGAGGAAAUUCAAAGCAAAUUGGCCAGCAAAGUAAUCACAGAACAACUGCAAAUCAAGGAAAGUGUGGGAGUCACCAAAAAGAAUGUUGAGAAAGAUUUCGUCACUAUUGCCAACAAUACUGGUAAAGGCACUAUUUACAAUAGCUCAUUGCAGUGUUUAGAGCCAGUAGAGGAUGUCAAAUUUGCGAAUUCUCAACAGGAAAUGCAAGGCAAACUGGAUGGUACAUUCAUAGAACAACUACUAACCAAUGAAAGUGUAGGAUACAUCCAAGGAAAAGAUAAAGAUGAUUCUGUUGUUUUAACUAACAGCACCAAAGAAGACAAUGCUAAAAGCAGCUCAAUACGUUUAAAGACCAAAGGGGAUAGCAAAUUGGCGCAACAGGAAAUGCAGAGCAAAUUAGAAAGUGGAGGCGUCUGUAAAGCGGAAAGAAAACAACUGCCACCUACUGAAAGUGUAAAAGACGCCCCAGCUGCUGAGGGUGAUGGAGGUUCUGUUGUUAUUAGGAGCUACACCAAGGAUGAUAGUUUGAAGUUAAGCGCUCUGUAUAAAGAGACCGAAGAGACUGCCAAAUUGGAAAAAUUCCAAGAAAAAAUGCAAAGCAAAGUAGACAAUGGUACAAAACAACUGAUAGGCGAGGGAUAUGUAAAAGAAGCCCAAGAGUUGGAUGAUGACAUCGGAAAUUACGAUGUUAGGAAAAGUUUAUCACAUCUAAAAGCAGAAGAUGUUAAUUUCAAAUUGGCAAUUCACCAAGAAAAAUUGCAAAGUGAAGUAGACGAAGAAGUCAAAACCCAACAUGGUGACACAUUUAAGCAAACAGAUAUUCAAGAAAAUCAACAAACAGUUCCUGAAAGCAGCAAUCCAGUUAGUUGUUCUUUGGGUUUAGUUGAAAAUGAAGGAUGCAUUGAAAGUAUGCAGCAUGAUACUAAUUAUACCAACGGAUCACUGAAACAAAUAGAAGAGGGACGAGCUAACGAAGAACCACAAUCUUAUGUAAGUGAUGAACUGAAAGGUUUAGAAGAGCAUCUUACGAUAGCUUUGCAAAGGAAAAAUACAACAACCGCGGAAUUUCAAGAGAAAUCAAACGAUAUCCAAGAAAAAGCAAAACAAUACAGCACAGUUGGUGUUAAUACAAAAGAUUACAUGAUCAAAUCUUCAGACGCGGAAAAUAUUCAAAUAAAGAAUGCAAAUGAAACAUGCCUUUUUGAAGAAAAAUUUCAGGCUUACCAUGUGCCUGACGUUGAUGCGAAUAUUUAUGUAUCAACAGAUAACAUCUUACCAGAAAAAUCAGAUGAAAGCUGUAUGGAAUAUAAACCUCAUGACGUAGAAGUUGGCUCUGUGAAGAAUGGCAACCAGCAGUCAAAUACUGUGAAAGCAUACAAAGACAAAUAUGAAUUGGAGCACAGCAUUUCAAAAGUGAAACAAGAUGGAUCCCCUGGACUCUCAAAAAUACCUCGUCCAUUGAAUAGCGAGUACCAAACUAUGAUUGUAUCAAAUUUACCAAAACACAACCAAGAUUCCCUCUUCUUAGGUGUAAAUGGUAAAUCAAGAUUACCCAAAACGAAAGAUCUCCAUAUUAUUGAUGAUGAUAUAAACCAAACGAAAAUGUCUCAAGAAAACAGAAAAUACACAGUUGAAAGAAGAGUAGGAGACAAUGGUGUAGCACAACAACAAAUUGUGAAAUACAGACCAAGAACUGUUCCAGGGGAUAUAAACAAAAAAUAUCAACAGGACAAAUCUACAGAAUGUGAGGAUUUCCCUGAGAAUGUGAUGGAUACAACGCUAAGUGAUAUUGGCACACGAAAGUAUGUGCAGGAGACAGCCAGAUCGGGCAUUUCGAAUGAUCGUAAAGCAAGAACUCCAAACAGUCCAAAAAAAGGAUAUCGCUAUAACGAUGUACAACAGAAUUCAUCACAAAUCAAUCGUUCGUAUUUGUCGCCGUCCAAAAAUGUAAGACGGAACAAAGUGAUUGACCAUGUACCAGAAGAUCAGCUUUCACAAACUCAAAAAUAUUCCGAAAAAGUGGAUGACAAAACGAUAUUGAAUGGAGGUAAAUCCAAACAGUUUCGAUCCAAAAUACCACAGUAUCAAGGAAUCAAAUACAAAGGCACCUCUUCAACUGAUGAGGAUAUUAAUCCUAAGAACAACAAGGAUGUUUAUGCUAGGUCCGGAACUCCUCCAAAUCGGCAAGAUUAUAAAAGGGCAAAUGGCCAAACCAACCAAAUUAACAUGGUGGAUAUUACUAAUUUGAAGUCUGAAAUUGAUAUGACAAGUUCUGCCGAAUCUGUUCAUGCUGACUUAAAAACUAAUACUACUAUGGUAACAAGAGCAAACUAUAGAAAACGUGAAAAAUUGUCUGGCAGCUGUAUUGGUAACCGUUUGCACUUGCAGCCUUGCAAAGAUCAAAAUCAUCAAAUUCUUACGACCAAAAAGGAACACUUUUUUCAGUGUACGUCCAAGCAGGUAUGGAAUAAAAACAUUGGUAAAUUUAAGGAUCAAAGAAGAGUAACUGGAAACGAAAGUGGGUUUUAUAAUAAAAUUGAGAAGGAUCCUUUAGUGGACAUGAGAGAUCAUGAUGAAAGAAUUCCAAAACAUUGCAAUGAAAUUGGAUUUGACACAAACGAUAUGAAUUUGGAAAGUGACUCUCAAUAUGAAAUGUUCGAACAUUCUAAUCAGCAAAGGAAGAGAAGAGGUAUAAAUACUACGGAUGCUGUAGUUCCGCAGGCAGAGGACUUUGAUGUUCUCCAGCGACCAAACUACUACAGCUCAGGGGGAGAUAUGAUAGGAAACCCUAUCGCUAGUUCAACUCCUAUAAUCCGGAGACCUGUGUUGGAACCUGUGGCGACAUCAACUCCUAAAGACAGAGAGAGGCUUCCAGAUGACAACUCAAACCAAGUUGUCCCUUCACGGAGCUAUAUUCAUGACAAAGUAAUGAAAAGUGACACAGGCAUUGAUUUUGAUUUGAAAUUGAAAUGUGCUGAAAUAUUCUUGGGCAAAACAGUCAUCGGGGAAAUCGCAUUUCAGCUGAAUAGAAGAAUGAUUAAGAUUGUCUUUCAACAGAACACGACUAAAUUCAUGAAGGACUUACAGAGGGAUCGAGAUUAUUGGCAUGCUGUUCAGAGUAUACACUAUCUCAUUAUGAAGGAAACUUUAAAAGCUGAUGGUACACAAGAUGUCAUCAGUGAAUUAAUUUAUUCCGAUCGCUUUGAAAACUUGUUAAAGCGUCUGGAAAAGCACGGCUAUAACCAGAAGAUUCAUGAGGAGUUUGUUUAUAAAAUGGUUGAAAAAUAUGGAACAAUAAAUUGCAAACUAUCAAGGAGUCAGGUCAAGGAAUACGGGUUGGAAAAUCAAGAUGUGUUGGAGGCAUUGCUCUAUAAAACCGCUGCAAAUGGGGCAGAGCUGCACAAUACAAUGAUGUUACUCAAUUGUCUGCGCACGGUGGUAAAUUGGGACGGUGGUCAUUUGUUUAUAUUAUAGUAAAUCUGUAAUUAGUAAUAUUAACGUUGCUUUCUUUAUGAAAAGUUAUAAUUAUUAUAUCUGAUAUUACAAUGGAUAUGCGUCUGAAAAGUAUAAUUUGAUAUAUCAAAUGUGAUAUUAAUUUGUUUGUAUGUAUAAUUUGGAGUACAUGUAUAUUUUUGUGCUUUCUUUUAAUUUUGAAAACAGAGUUUU